AUGGCUGCGGGGUGGGGUUUUCGCAUAUUGUCCUUGGGGAGGAAUAACAUCAAAAACUUUAAUGGACUUGAGGCAGUAGGUGAUACUCUGGAGGAGCUGUGGAUCUCUUAUAACCUCAUAGAAAAACUGAAGGGAAUUCACGUCAUGAAGAAACUCAAAGUCUUGUACAUGUCUAACAACUUGGUCAAGGAGUGGGGGGAGUUUCAGAAGCUGGCAGAUCUUCCAGCAUUGGCAGACAUCGUCUUUGUGGGGAACCCAUUAGAAGAAAAGUAUUCUGCAGAUGGCAACUGGAUAGAGGAAGCUACUAAGAGGCUUCCCAAGCUUAAAAAGCUAGAUGGAAACCCCGUUAUCAAACGAGAAGAGGAUGAAGGUGAAGGGGAGAGCUAUGCAAUUUCUUUAAAUAUUCUGAAAGAACAAAAUCCAAGCAUCGGUCAACAGGAAGCUUCGGUAUAUUCUGGGAAUCUGGUGGCCGCGAGUGAUCUCGAACGAAGACCUGUGGAGAAGGACGCAGCAAGCACCAAUAUGGAAAGACAUCAGAAGAAGGAAAUGGGGAUGGAUUGGACACACCCUGAGAAAGGACGCAGAGAGCAUUAUCAGAAAAGCUCUCGACUGGAAUCCUCAGGGUCACAGAAGAAAAGGCCGUCCGAGGAGAACGUGGAGGCGGACAGUGACAGAAGAACUGUGAAAUAA